AUAGUUUCCUGGCAUUAUAUCCAGUGAGCCCGUGACCCGUCGCCUAUGACCCGUGGCCUGUGACCUGUGACCUAUAACUCCUGGCCUGCGACCUGUUGCUUAACCUGAAUUUAUGUAAAGGAUGCUUGAAAUUAAUGGAACCCUUCUAGUUCUGCUAUUUCUAGUCAUUGCAUCAGGUAAGAUUUUGAUGGGUAAAAAUAAAUAUAUAUUUAUUACACUGCUUUGUCAAUGAUGCCUUGAGAAGUGCGGCUGAAUCAAAGAUUGGAAAUGAUAAAUGAGACUGGUGUUUUCGAUGUUAAUGCAUAAAGAAAAAAGCACUUGUUAAAGCAUACUGAAACAUUAAUAAUAAACAUUAUAAAAAAAUAAUAAUAACAUAUUUGAAUGUAUUUCAUCAGUGGUUUCUUGACAGCAAUGUUAUAAUUAUAAUACAAAAUAAUUGAUUAAAUCAGGAAGCUCAUUGAUUAUUCAUGUUUUUGUGUUGUUGUUUUUUUCUUUGCAAGUGAAGAUGUACCAGGCUUUUUUCUACUUGAGUAAUACGGUAGCCUUCACUUGGGCUGUAAUUACUUUAAAGUGAUUGAGAGUUGCUCAAUUCGUCAGCUACACCCUCUCGUCCUUGCCUGUUUUAGCCAAUGGCAAGAAUUAGUCAAGACGUCUGGAAAUAUACCAGGAUGCAUCAGAUGACCAGCAGUGUGUCAUUUAGUAAUGGAGAGGAAACAUAAUGGGUGGCGGUUGGGAGAUACUAUUAUUACAAGUAUUGACAAUUAGCCCAGAAUGAACACGUUUUACAAAAAAUAAUGGUCUCACAAUUGUAUAUUUCCACUAUAUUUUCUUAUGCAGUUUUCAGCAGUUAUUACGAUCCAACAAGAGUCUUUUUGGAACCAUUUGAUCAAAACACUUUCAAAAAAAGCUGUGGAAACGGUAUGCUAGCCGGGAAAGACUACUUCGUGGUCAAAGGUCUUGUCAACAUUAGCGGAAUAGAAGACGGACAAUUGUCGACAACUAAAAUGUUAAUUGCAAACCCGCACUACUGGAUGCGGAUGGAUUAUAUUGUAAGCAGGUCAUUCUGGCCACAAAUCUAGGCUUUGCGGGUAAAUAGGUCCUUCUGGCAACAAAGUUAAGAUUGGGGUAAUAUAGCCCAUUCUGGCAACAAAGAUAAGCUUGGGAUAUGUAGGUCAUUCUUGCAACAAAGCUAAGCUGUGUGUAAGUAGGUCAUUCUGGCCACAAAACUGAGCUUGGGUAAGUAUGUCAUUCUGGCAACAAAGCGAAGAUGGGGUAGUAGGUAAUUCAUGCUCCAAAGCUAAGCUGGAAGUCUUCACCCUCUCCCACCUUUGGUCUCUGUCAGCAAGAUCACUAGCAAUACAAGGGCCCUACAAGGAUGACUGUUCCACUUUUGGUGCUUUUUUCCUUUAUUUUAAGAAUUAUUUCAUUCUUUAAAUCACAGAACUCAAGUUUCUUAUUUUUACUAACGUUGCGUGGGUUACGCCCCGUCUACUCGUGAGUAGUUUUGAAAAUAUGAUCCCAUUGCUUCUCCCUAACUUUUUUAACAGUUUCUUUCUACAUUUGGGAGUUGAAAUAUGGUGGAAAAAAAAGACUUGAAAAUAUUUCUUAGGUAAAUGUAGACUUAAUUUUGUUAAUAUUGGUUUAUACGCGCUGCGGUUCUUGAAGAACCUUGGUGGUUAUAUGAAUAUCACGUGUGUAAGGGACUCUUAUGUGGGACCAAUGUAGGUAGUGCUAGGAAUAUCUCGUGUGUGAGAUGUCCCAUACAAGGACCAGUGUAAGUGGUGAUAGUGAUAUCACGAGCGCGUGGGACUCUUAAGUAGGACCAAUGUUCAAAACCUUCUAGAAAUUCCGUCUAGGUACGGUGUGUUUUUGAGUGGAGUCAUUUUGUGUGGCGGUGUGGUGUUGUUGAGUGUGGUGUGGACAAAUUUAAAAACAGAAGGGAAACGGGUUGAAAGGGAAACGGUGGGGGAGAUUUCGUGUUAGAUGUAGGCUUAAUGUUUCAGAUGGCUUCCGUACGAAAUGCAAGGACAAAUGUGGAUAGUCUAGGAAUACGAAAUUCAGGGAAUUCCUUUCGGUGAAGACAGCAGGAAGACUAGGAAAAUAAUGAUUUGUAAUUUAGGAGAGGAGGUGUGAUUUGUUUUAGAACUUUUAAAGCACUUUUCUACGUCAAGUGCACUUGUACUUGAACAUGCUACAUCCGUUAAGAUUUAUUCAGCUAACACAGGAUGGCACUUCCAGUUUUUAAUAAAAAAAAUAUUAAUUAAGGAAUCUCCCAAUGAAAACUAACGGUAGAAGUUGCUGUAGAAUAUAAUACUCUAAUAAAAACUCUACAAAUGUAUAAUAACACAUUAUCUAUUUGUGUUUAGAUUUCUGGUACCCUAGUUCGGUUAUACAAUACAACCUGCAAGGAUCUUGCUCAAAUCCCAAUCGACACUUGCAAAUGCACGUUCAUGGAUAACAAAUUCGUCCGCCUCAAGUGCAACAUUACGGCACAACUUCAGUACAGCCGUGGUGUCCUCACCUUGUUCUAUGAAAAGAGUUACUGGUAUUUAAGUCUUCCUAGUUCACCCCUGCCAGACAUAUACGGUGAGUAGUUUGCCCCUGCCUGUCGUACACGGUGAGUAGUGUGCUCAUUAGUUCCCAUAGAAUAAUAAUACAUUAAUAACGGCUUCGAAAUGUGUCCGUUUCAAGCAGGGGCGUAGCGAGGGUGUUUGGCGCCGGGGACGAGAUUUGCGCCAGGGAACAAGAUCCAUUUUAAUGCGCUCCUUUUUCUUUUUUUUUGCAACUCUCUAACCCAUUAUUUUCAUCCUAUAAAAUAAUAUCAAAGCACAUUUUGGCGACCCUAACUAGCUGGCGCCCAGGGACCUCUCCCCCCCCCCCCCCCACCCCCUGUGGGUUCAAGGGUGUUAUUAAGUAACAACAAAUAACCCAAAAUUUCACACAUCUCAGAGCUCAUCUCUUGGCACGCCACGCCGAUGGACUGUUUCUGAAAAGAGCCAGUGCUAAUAUCACAAAUACGGUCACACCCGCUUAUCUUGUUCUCGGUUAACUCGCCAACCCUGUUAUGUCGAGGUUUUUGAAGUGGAACCGCCAAUUUAUCUCUUUGUUGUGUCUUAGCAAAUUCUCCUCGGUUAUCUCGAUCAUCGGUUAUCUCGACGCUUUUUGGCUAAUCCCGAGCCCGUCGACUUAACCGAGUUCCACUGUAAUUGAUGUUUUGUCUCAUUGGAAACCUGUAAUUUUUCAGGUACUCCUUCGUGCACAGCACGUUCUGCUAAUCGAGGUAAUUAAGUACGGUGGUUCUCUUAUAAGUGAUUAGAUCUACCAUUGUCAGUUUUUAGUGGACAUGGUCGUUUGUAGAAUGUCAAUUAAAGAGCUUUUAAAAGGACUGCUAAUUUAUGGGCUUCUGGAGUUUAUUAAUUGUUAACAAUUGUUUCUUUAUUCACUUCGCUUUGGUGUGUUUACAGCAAAAUCUUCGGAUGGUUAAUUGACCCACCAUUGAGCUUAAAUUUGGCGCAUUUCUAUCAAAUUUUCAGCCUCCCCCCUCCCCAACUCCAACCUCAAAAGUCAGUUGUUCCUGUUCAUUUUUUCAAUUUGAAGAUAAAGGAAAUAUGAUGACACUGAUUUCAUAAAAUAAAAUUCAUGAUUACUGCGCUAAAUAAGAUUCUUUAAAAGAAAAUGUCGCAAGUGCGUUUGGUGCGUAAUAUUUUCUUUUGGUUUUCUGUAAUAGGUGGUGAAAUAAAUUUGCGGUGUAAACGUGGAUCAUACACUAAAACAUAAAUAAAAAUAAUUUUAAAUUUGCAUAUUAAGGACUUAUACUGAAAAACUUUGUUUUUAGCAUUUCUUUAUUCCACCAAAAUAUGUUUAUUAUUUUUUAGUAAGAUCUAUAAAUUUCUAUUCAAACAUUUUGGUCAACAGAAGUUUGAAUAGAACUCAAUAGGAUAAUAAUCUAAACACGCACAGGAUCUAAUGUAGUACUUGUAAUACGUUUCCCUUUUACAGCAGCAAGGGUCCACUCGGAAAGCUUCACUGCUCUCAUUGGUAGGUAAUGGAAACGUUAUCUGAAUCUAUUAAUUAAAAAUUGUUCGCUGCUUAUCAAACUAUGAGAAAAGACAACGCUAUCUCAAACAGGAGAUCAAAGGAAACUGGCAGGUGCAUUUAUAGAAAUCGUUUCCUGUAACCUCUGCCGGCGUUGUUCGCUUGGACAGAGUUCUCCAAAGUGGUGGUCCGUGGGCCAGCACCUGUCCGUGGGCCUUACUGUCCCGGUCUGCACAACAUAACAAACGAAAGUGGAUAAAAAUUCUAUAAAGUUAAAGAAACAAAUAAAAAGAAACAAUUUACCAGGUAUUUAUAAAAACUUGCAUGCGCGUGAAUGGUGCGUUACCUCUCUUUGAAGAUUGUGCUCCCAUAGUGAGCUUGCUUACCUAGAGUGGAAGAUUGACAUUAAAUGUUAUCCAUGAGUUCUGGUAUAUGAUAUGUCUAUGGAUUUAAGAAUAAUUUUAAGAAAAUAUUUAAACCUGUUUAUUUGGCCAACAGCCGAUCGUUUCCCUUUGGAAAAAUGUCCUAUUUUCUUAUAGGAAUCCACAAUGGCAUUUUAGGAAAUUACCCAUUUUUUGUAAGACUAACAUACAUAUUCUGGUGAAGGUCUGAGAUUACUCUCUUAUGACCCUAGCUAGUAAAUAGGCUACCAACUCCAUAUGCUGAGCUGAGCCAUACAACAUUUUCCUCACAAAGUGUAUUCCAACCGCCCUGGCUUUCCCCGGGAGAUCUAGUGAGGGACAUUCGGUCAACACGUGCGCUAGCGUCUCCGGGACAAGGCUGCAAUGCUGGCAGGUAGGAUCCCUGUUGUUAUCUAGCCACCAGAAGUAUAUGACUAUGGUUCAGUGCUCGGUACGCAUCAGGGUCAUUAAGCUCUGCUCUCUGCGUCCUAACCCCCACCAUGUGUCUUGGUUGCUCGGAGUCGGCAAGUUUGAAAAGACGCCUCUGGCAGUCGUGUUCUCUACUAAUUGCCUGUACCAUUUCGUCAUGAAAUGGUUCGCCAGCCAGUUCUUAAUUCCCAAAUACGAUAAUGGUACUUCUGGCUGAGGCUGGGCAGCCCCGGUUUUCGCCAGAGUGUCCGCUUUCUCAUUGCCACUGACAUUGACAUGGCUUGGGUCCAUUUCACUGUGACCUUGCCUCAUAGUUAACUGAUUUUGCACACGUCAUCAAUGCUGACUUCAACUAAGUGAGUCGUUCCUGGUCUCCUUUUAAGAUCUCAAUAGCAGAUCUUGAGCCCGAGUACACGAUCACAUUGAGACCCGCAAGCUCCGUCUCUUUUAACGUGUGAUACACUCUUUCUAGGGCCAUGUGAAUAGCCUCGAGCUCUGCAUCGAAAUUCAAUGAUGCAGUCCCACAUGGCCCCGAGACUUCUUCGUUCGGUGGUCCUACUGGCAGGUAUAGUAUGAGCGCACCAUACCCAGAGUUUCUUUGUCUCAGAUUUUGCAGAGCCGUCUGUAAACACUUUCACUGGUAUGUUGGAAAACACAGCCAUGGUCUCAAGGACAGCCGCUGUCUGAACAUGUUCAGGGCUGCGAUUCAUCACUGCUGCAUCGGUCAAGGCCAAAUGUAUGAAGGGACGUGAGGGUUCCACAUAUAGUGGAUUUACUGGCAUAGGGGUCAGUCGUUCUCUUUUGCAAGGCAGGUUGACUGUUCUCUCAAGUUCAACGCCCUGGUGUAUGAAAUAGGAUCGCAUUAUCUCCUGACUGCCACCCAGUUUGCCUGCAUCUGGAACUACGGUUCCUUCUCGUUUAACCGUCGGUACCGCUAUGCGGUAGUUAAUAUUGCUUUUUCCCUCCUUAUUUGUAAUAGUUCUACAUUGGCCAAGACCUCUAUAGCAGCAGUGGAUGUGGUCCUGAAUGCGCCACAGAUGAAUCUCAGACCCUGAUUCCAGAUUCGGCCUAAUUUUUCCAAAUCGGGUUUGCUAGCAAAGGCUUGGACUGGCAUACUGUAAUCCAUCACUGACCGUACACUGCCUAGAAAUAGAGAUUUUAGCGUUUUGCGCCCGCUCCCAAACUUGUGCAAGCCAUUUUUUUUCAACAGAUGAAGCUUGGCGGUUGCCUAGAAGCACUGGUCUUGUAGCACCCAGUAGCCCCAAAGCCCACAGUUGGCCUCAGCUCCGUCACCGAAAUGCAGGGGAGGAAGGGAUUCGAGUUCCCCUCGCUUAGAGUUAUGUUUGAUUUACUAGCCACAUAUAAUGAAUAGUUAAUAGGCAUUUUUUUCUUACCUUCUCCCAGAGGGAGACUACAAAGCAAUCCCCCUUCACAUUGGGAGACAGACUUAGUGACUUGAGUUUUUAAGCUUCAGGUAGUCAAGUCUACCCUACUAGUCGGUCUCGCCAUGUAGAUCCCAAUCUCUUUUAUACCUAUUAUUUGUAUAGUCGUUUCCCCAUUGCUUGUAUUGGAAAUUUCACAUUGGUUGUAUAGGAAAUUCCUUAUUAGUUAUAUAGUAAAUUUCCAUUGUUUGUAUACGAAAUUCAUCAAUAGUUGAAUAGCAAAUUCCCCAUUGUGUGUAUAGGUAGUCUGCUGUCUAGCGUCUGCUUUCUGUCCUUCCCAUCUGACUUGUCCAUUUUGUAACAACAUGUGGAUAUAACAGUCAACUCCAAUAAUCGCCCCCCCCCCCCCAGCGAUAGUGCGUGAUCUAUGUACUUACAAUACCUGUGUUUUUUUUCUUUCUUCUAUUUAAACAGGUUCAGCCCUGUUGGGCACGGCUGUCAUGUGUAUAGGUAGUCUGCUGUCUAGCGUCUGCUUUCUGUCCUUCCCAUCUGACUUGUCCAUUUUGUAACAACAUGUGGAUAUAACAGUCAACUCCAAUAAUCGCCCCCCCCCCCCAGCGAUAGUGCGUGAUCUAUGUACUUACAAUACCUGUGUUUUUUUUCUUUCUUCUAUUUAAACAGGUUCAGCCCUGUUGGGCACGGCUGUCGUUUGCCUAGGGUCAUCAAUAUUUUCCCAAGGUUAAUUUCAUUCAGGGCCUCUCAGUGAACAUACCCCAUUGAUGAAAUAAUAAAGGACGGAGCGCUAGGAUGAAGUCCAUCGAGGUACACGAACAGGUGUUGAAAGCCACUUAAAGAAAAAUUUGAAGCAUCAGAUUAAGGAGUCUCCAAUGAAAUCCAUCGACGGUUUUCCAACAGUAAAAUGCUCAAAUAUGCAUAUUUCAUUUUAAAUAACAACAAUAACAAACAAACAAAAAAAACAAUUUUAAAACAUUAAACUUAUUUCAAUUUAGCCUUGUUGCUAUUCCUUACA